UUUUUUGUUUGCAAGUGACUGUCAAUACUCAAAGAAACUCUUUUGAGGAAAUUUUGUAACAACUCAGCAAAGCAAGAACAUGAAGAAAUCAUAUUUUCUCUACUGAAACUGAAACUGAAAUGUUUAAUAUUCUACAAGCAAUUGGACGAAGCCAUGUGCUGCGACCGCAGGAACGGCAGCACCACCAAGUCAAAGUUAAAGGCGCAUUCUAUGUGCGUCAGUUUAGAAUUUCAUUGACGGCUGCUAACAAGGAAACCCCAAAUAGUACAAAGCCAAUUCAGAAAGAAAUGCGGAACAAAAGCAACAACACAAAUAAAAGAUUUACCAGCAUACGCCGGAAUAAUACGGAAGCUUACCAAGUGUUCGCACAGCCAUUUGCGAGAUGGCAAAGCCAGCGCUCAACAGUAUUGUACGCUAAAUCCGCAAUGGAUUUACGGCUCAAUUCUUGUGUGCGUGCCGCGCUCGCCCGCUCCACCUUUGCUCCAACCCCAUACAAGCGCGUCGUCACAAAGGCAAGUACGAGUAUAGGAUGGCGCGAUUCUCUUCUAUCAAUACCGAAAAAAUGGCUUUCCACUGCAGAGUCGGUCGACGAAUUUGGCUUUCCCUGCGCACUACCGAAAGUACCAGUCCCACCUUUGGAGGAGACCAUGGCUAAUUACAUACGUGCCAUUGAAGCAUUCACGACACCGGCAAAACUCGAAUGUACGAAACUUUUGAUUAAAAAAUUUACCGCACCAGAAGGUAUUGGACAAAAAUGUCAUCAAUACUUAAUGGAGAAACGUGAAGCUGAGGAUAAUUGGGCCUACAAUUAUUGGUUAAAUGACAUGUACAUGGAUGUCCGUUUGCCGCUACCAAUCAACUCAAAUCCCGGCAUGCCAAUGCCACCCGUCCGUUUUACAACGGUGCACGACGUGGCGCGCUUUGCAGCACUCCUAUUGAGCGGCAUCAUGCAGCAUAAGGAAUUACUGGACAGCGGCAAUUUACCCAACGAUCGCGCAGGUUCUCGUGAGAAAAACCAACCACUCUGCAUGGCACAAUACUAUCGACCGCUGGGUUCAUGCCGCAUACCCGGUUUGGAACGCGACACCCAAUACAUAGCUGAGCGCGGUGAGAAGUGUGACGAACAUGUGAUUGUCGUUUGUCGCAAUCAGAUGUAUUGUAUUAACUUGAAAACCAGUAGUCGUGGCAAAAUCUCGGAGACUGAAAUCGCUUCAAAUAUCUUGUAUGUACUCAGCGAUGCACCCUGUUUGCCAACAAAACCACCAAUGGUGGGCCUACUUACUGCCGAGGAGCGCACACGUUGGGCCACAAAUCGGAAUUUACUGCUCGAGAAUGAAGUCAAUCAGAAUAGUAUUUUGCUGAUUGAGAAAGCUUUAUGUAUGCUGUGCAUCGAUGAACCGCUACCGAAUACAUUCAAUGCGUAUACAUUCACCGGCGCCACACCAACCGGUUAUUUAGUUGGUGAUCGCGAUGAUACGAAUAUGUUGCACGAAAUGAUACAUGGCGGUGGUAGCGCUUACAAUUCUGCCAAUCGUUGGUUCGACAAAGUACUACAAAUAAUCAUCUGCACAGACGGUACUUGGGGUAUUAACUAUGAGCAUUCCUUUUCGGAGGGCGAUGCCAUUGUGAAUGUCAUAGAGAAAAUCUAUAAAAAUUUGGAAGAAAAGCAAUCGGCAUGCAAUAGUGUACCGUCGGAUCCGACACCCGAACGUAUACCAUGGGUCAUAACACCGCAAAUGGAGGAGCGUAUUAAACAGGCUGCCGUCGCAGUCGACAAGGCAAUCGGUGACUUUGAUUUGUAUGUGUACCGUUACAAAGGUUAUGGCAAAAACUUCAUCAAGCAAUGCAAAUGCAGUCCGGAUGCCUUCUUGCAGCUCAUGCUACAGUUGUCCUAUUUCAAAUUAUAUGGUCAUUUCGUAGCCACAUACGAGAGUGCUUCCACACGGCGAUUCUUGUUGGGUCGUGUCGAUUGCAUACGCGCUUCCCACAAUGAGGCACUGGAAUGGGCCACAGCCAUGUGUCAAGGUGAAGGCGCCAAUGUGCCCUUGGAAAGUGAGGGCGAGGAUGAUGAUGCGCGUAAAGUUAAAUUCAGCAUUUAUAAUAAAGACAAGCUCAAAGAACUUUUCCGCAUUGCCUGUAAUCGUCAAACCGAAAUAAUGGUGCAAAACAUACUCGGUCAUGGCAUCGAUAUACCGUUGUUGGGUUUACGUGAAGCCAGUAAAGAAUUCAAUAACGGUCAGGUGCAUGAGCUCUUCAACCAUGAAACGUUUAAAACUGCCAAUAUUUUCUUGUUGAGCACAAGUCAGUUUCACUUAGCAAAUAUUCAUGUGCAUUUGGCAGACAUUAAAAAUGUGGAAAACUUAACGAAACUGUAAUUACCUAUGAUCUAUUAUUGAGUUGUUUGUUAAAAGUUGCUGGUUUAAAUAUGCUAAAAGUUAUGUUUAUUUCUAAAUUAUUGUUGUGUGUUAACAUUUAACUGUUUAAUUGUCUACCCACUAAUAUAUAUAUAAAUUGACCUUUACAUAUAUUAAUGUAUUUUGUGUAAACUGAUUAAAAAGAAUAUAUAUACAUACAAAACACAAUUUUUUUUUUAAUUUUAUUGCUGGAAAGUGAGUUCUUUAAUAACUAUAUGUUGUAUUUAAAAAUAAUAUUUCACAAGUAAGGAAGGGCUAAGUUCGACCAUUUUAUACUCUCUCAAUUUACUUAUUUAAUUUAAUUAAGAUAACAUACAAUUCGAGCCACAUAUUCGGCAUAAGGUCUGCUAGAAUAGCGUAUCUUCAUUAUUUAUAUAUAGUAUAUGGAAGUUGGGAUAAUUCCUGUACAGAUUUCAACUAUUUUUGCCUAAUCCAUUUUACGUUCACUUAAUUUAGCUAAGAUAUCUUCUAUAUUAACCGUUAUAUACGGUAUAAAGUCCAUCGGAAGUUUGAAAAUCCGUGUAUGAGGUAUAUGGGGGGCUAGAGAAAAUAUUGGCUCAUCUUAUCUUUUGAUAAUUUUUGGCAGAGACACUCACUAUUAGAAGAAAAAAAACAUCUCCUUUGAAUUUCUUUAGAAUAUCUGAGAGAUUUUCCAAAUUAGUCGCAAGCUUUGAGGUUCUCAUGUUCGAUAUUUGGGGCCUUGAAAAGUUAUAGUAUAUGGGCUAUAUCACACUAGAAAUAAAGUAUUUGUGCAAUGUGUUGUUCCGAUAUCAUCACCGAUGCUUAGCUUCAAAAUUACGGUAUAUAGCGAAAGUAGGCGUGUUUGCGAUUCGAUUCAAAACUAUAGCAUUGGAAUGACAAGGAAAGGUUACGAACCGAAUUUCGUUGAAAUUGAUCGAGUUGUUUUUGAGUAAUGGUUUUUCAACCAAAGGUAGGCGGACCCACGCCCAUUUCAAAUAUUGUACACAUGCAGUUUUCCCAUUUGCCUAUCAACAAUAAAAAAAACCCAGAGCACCAAGGAAUACGUACUACAAAAGGUUUCGUUAAGAUAUCUAAACUAACUGAAGUUACCGCUUGCACGAACCUACGGAACCGGAAUUCAACUCACAUCAUCAUCCCGAUCAUUUUGGUAUAUAUAACUUAAGUAUAUAUAUUUAUCGCGUUUAGUUUUAUGAAUAACAGAUCAUCAUUUCGAAAGCAAAAUUAUCAAACUCUUUUCAAGAGUAUUUAAAAUAUAUAGAAAAUUUAAAGUUGCUUGGGCAUUUUCGGGCCUCCGUCUUAGCGGCAGCUUGCGUAAAACUUGAAUAACAAAAUAGCUUUAUAAUGAGAAAGAGAGUUAUAGCAUAGCGAGUGCGUAGUAAUGACACACCUGCCUAAAGCACAAAUUAACGCCUAUGGUCUGAGAGGUUUUCACUCGCAUAUAACUAUUGACCAAUUGGGAUCCAUUGAGAAAAUAACGGCACACAAAUAAUUCCAUUGGUAGA